CGAUAAUGGAGAAGAACGUAGCCACGGAAGUGGGCGCACGUGAGCGGUUAUCCAAAGCCAUAUACUUUCAUCACCCUACCCGUGACUCAAGAAACACCGUACCUGAACCCUUGCCAAGUGCAUGCGGGUUUCCAUAUGCGUUUGAUGGUGAAACAGACGAUAAAAGAGAAAAGCGUUCUGAUGCAUACCUAGAAUGUUGGGGGGUUAUUGAGGGACUGAUAGACUACCAUACGAACGAUCUAUACUCGCAAUUGUAUGGAGACGUCAAUAAAUUUGUGCGGAGAGCUUCUGUUGCAUUCAAUAAAAGAACAGCUAUUGUUGAGCAAUCAGAACCGAGAACCAAUACCGCACACGUCGACAGUAUCAACAACACUACCGCGACUGGCACGGACAAUACUCCCGGUGUGCCGAGUGCUGUACACACACCCAGCAAGCUUUUUUCAGGGUCCAGUUAUGGGAGAUACGAUACGCUGAGCGUGUCUGAGAUCCCAACAGCGCUGCUACACACAGGCUCAAAUGUAUCCGACCAUCCCGUUCUGUUGAACCAAAUUUCACACAAUCUGAUGUUGGGAAGCACUCCGGGCGAGUCGCAGGUUGAGACGCAUAGUUUUGCUAGAGGCCCGAGGCCGUGUGUUCUAAAGGGCGACGAAUGCACAACGCUACAGACCACUGUGAAGAACAUCGUGCAGAGCUUCACUAACGUCACAGACGACGGUAGUAGUGCACAGAUUGCCGCCAUCGACACAACGUAUGCGAAUGCCCAAGAUUUCUGGCAGCUGCAUAUGUGGUACACGGCUAGAUAUGCACCUGUACGUGAGGCUAACUCGGGCGAUGGGCCAACGAGUGCGGGCACAGGUGCAGAAAGGGGCAGCGGUAAGCCAGGGGAGACAGAUGCGAAUAGAACGGCAAGUACAGACGCUGGUACAAGUCCCCCAGUAGAUGGCAGCACACAAGGAACCACGAGCGUGGCUUCAGACACCGCCGCACACACACCCACACCCACAUAUACUGCUAAGCACACCCAGCUGCGCUACCCCCCAUUGGUAGUGCUAUUCGAUGACUUCGAGCGGUUCUCAGGGCCUUUACUGGAUGCAUUGAUACACAUAUGCAGACAGUGGCUGCCGUCUCUGCCGUUUGUGUUCAUCUUCAGCAUCGCCUCGUACUUUGACCGUGUGCACGAUGUGCUCAACCGCACAUCGCUGUCGGCGCUAAAUAUGACACGGUUGACACUUCAGGUGCGUGACAUGGGGAUGUGCAUAUAUUGA